GCCUCUCCAGGGAAGUAAAACCCGGUCGCAGGCACCGAGGAACUGCGCGCAGCAUCUGAGCUGAGAGCAUCCGCCGAGUGCGGGCGGCGCAAGCUGGUGAGAAGAGGGCGAGGGUACGAGGCUGAAAACCAACCACCUCCACUUGCCAGCAUAGCUUCAGAAUGUCAAGUACCGUGUCCUAUUGGAUCUUCAAUUCUGCACGGAAUCGAAUUGCUAUCUUACAAGGGGGUAGACGCUUCUACUCAAGGGGUGCCGCAAAUAGGAACCAACCGAAAUGGAGGCUUUCUUCUCUGGCAUCGCCGACUGUGAAGACCGGUACUCUGCGUGGUGGCUUUGCUCUGCAGAAAGCCUACAGACACACAUCAACCGAGGAAGAGGAUUUCCACUUACAGCUUAGCCCUGAACAGGUCAACGACAUGCUUCGUGCUGGCGAGUCAUCUCACAAGAUUCUUGACUUCAGCAAUGGAGUUCCAAGUUCAGUGUUACGGUUUGAGAGCAACCAGCUGGCCGCCAAUUCCCCAGUGGAGGACCGGCAGGGUGUAGCUUCCUGCAUGCAAACCAACGGACUGAUGUUUGGCAUUUUUGACGGCCAUGGUGGCCAUGCAUGUGCCCAAGCGGUGAGCGAGAGGCUCUUCUACUACAUGGCAGUGUCUCUGAUGUCCCACCAAACCUUGGAGCAGAUGGAGGAAGCAAUGGAAAACAUGAAGCCUUUGCUGCCCAUCCUCCAGUGGCUCAAGCAUCCUGGGGAUAGUAUUUAUAAGGAUGUCACCUCCGUACACCUGGACCACCUUCGAGUCUAUUGGCAGGAACUUCUUGACUUGCAUAUGGAAAUGGGUUUGAGCAUCGAAGAAGCAUUGAUGUACUCCUUCCAGAGACUGGAUUCGGACAUCUCACUAGAAAUCCAGGCCCCCCUGGAAGAUGAGGUGACAAAGAACCUAUCCCUCCAGGUUGCUUUUUCUGGGGCAACAGCUUGCAUGGCCCAUGUCAACGGAGUUCACCUACAUGUAGCAAAUGCUGGCGACUGCCGGGCUAUCCUUGGUGUCCAGGAAGACAAUGGUGUGUGGUCCUGUUUACCUCUUACCCGGGACCACAAUGCUUGGAAUGAGGCUGAGCUAUCCCGGCUUAAGAGAGAGCACCCUGAGUCUGAGAACAGGACACUCAUCAUAGAUGAUAGGCUGCUGGGUGUCCUCAUUCCCUGCAGGGCCUUUGGGGAUGUCCAGCUCAAGUGGAGUAGAGAGUUGCAGCGUAGUGUGCUAGGGAGGGGCUUUGAUACUGAGGCCCUCAACAUCUACCAGUUCACACCGCCCCACUACUACACUCCACCCUAUCUGACGGCCAAGCCGGAGGUUACAUACCAUAGGCUGAGGCCCCAAGAUAAGUUCCUCGUGCUGGCGUCAGAUGGUCUGUGGGACAUGCUGGGCAAUGAGGAUGUGGUGAGGCUGGUGGUGGGCCACCUGUCCAAGGUUGCUUGCCAUAAGCCGGACCUGGACCAAAGACCGGCCAACCUGGGGCUCAUGCGGAGUCUGCUGCUGCAGCGGAAAGCCAGCGGACUCCAUGCAGCUGACCAAAAUGCAGCCACGCAUCUGAUCAGACACGCCAUCGGGAGCAACGAGUAUGGGGAGAUGGAGCCAGAGCGACUGGCCGCCAUGCUGACAUUACCAGAAGAUGUAGCCAGGAUGUAUCGGGAUGAUAUCACUGUCAUGGUGGUGUUUUUUAAUUCAGAGUCAAUUGAUACAUACUCUAAGGAGGGUUAAGAGUCUCACCCUGUCUCCAAGGCUAACACAAAUACCCUUUAAAACAUUUCCACUUAGUCCUGAGUGAGCCAUUCAAACCUUAUUAAAGAAUAGGCAGAUAUAGGUUGCUGGGUGAUUGACUAACUAAAGAAAUCCAGCCUAGUGAAAAAGCAUUGGCGAUGAUUUUUGUGUCUAUGCGCACCAGUCAACUCUUCUAUGCAGCAGACAGAAUAGAGUCAAACUGGCUUAGGCUCAUGUAGCCCGUGUCCUCUAUAAAGACACUGUCAAACUGUGUCAUCCUGUGCUUCUAAAGGAUAAAUUUAAAUCAUGAUGCUAAGAAUAAAGAACUUCAGGAUCUUCGGAGACCCAGUUGCAAAAUUUACAAAUGUGAUCCUUCUGAGCUGUUCUGCACAACUUCUAGGCUGUAGUUUUUGUUUAGCUUUUUAAAUUACAGAAGCCUAGGUUUACAAAGCAAUCUUCAGGGCACUUUUCUAUGUCGUAUUCUAACUUUCCUGUGUGUGUGUGUGAUUGUAACGACUGUGAAGAUAAAUCUGUGCCAUUUGCAUUUGAACACUGGUUAAAUUUGUUUUAAAACUGAAUCCUCAGACUUGCAGGCAGGACUGCCGUAAAUGCCGUAAAAAGGACCACUCUUUUUUUUUUUUUUUUUCUCUCGGCUGAGGAUGAGAGGGGCUAAGUCUCUGAGCAGCCUUUGGUCCUUCUGUUGAGUUCCACCCCCAAACCUUUGAGCCGAACUGGGAGUUCAUUAUUGUCUAAUCCCCAACUCCUGACCUGCUUAGCAAAAUGUCGUCCCCCCCCCCCCAGGCUUAGCCACAGGGUUAUUCAUAAUUCUUCCUGUGAUUAACCCUCAAGCACACACCACCUCUGCUAUGCUGCCCUGCCUCACCCUGCCGUUACUAGUACAUCUUUCUGCUCCCAGGAUUGGAAGGGCGAUGGUGUGACCAGGUAGUUGUGGACAUUUAGGCAGUGUGGGUCUAUUCAAUGGUUUGUGGAUUUUUGGUUUCAGCCUGAGUCUAGAGGUAUGAAAAUGGCCUAGGAGAACAGCCAUGAGCCGAGGCUUUCUCUCUUCAUCUUGGGAGGGAGGCGGGAGACUUAUCAGGCUCAACACCUGCCCAUGCCUGUUAGGAACUGCCAUCGCUAUGCUUCAGGGAUUAGGCCAUAUUUAGUAUGAGAGUUGGGUGAAAAUUGAGAUGCGUCUGGUCAUAGGGGCUACAGGGUCUGUUGCUUGAAAACUAACCCACAUGGGUCCUAUUUAGGGCAUAAAUGUCUUCCUCUCUUGGGUGGCUGUGGCAUUAAACAGCAGGAAAUGUGUCCCUAAAUGGAAACACUUUGGCAGUUUUGAUUUCCUGGACCUCAUGGGAGCACUUCUCUGUAGGUACCUCCUCAGCUGAUCCCGUGUCUCUCACCCUCUAUGCUGUCUUCGCACUGGCAGGUUGGGCCUCUUCGCCUUUGCAGGUAGACAUUGGGUAAAGAGUUGGGGCUGGGCCGGCAGACAGCUCAGUGGGUAAAGGCUGCCAAUCCUGGAAACUGGAGUUCCAUCCCCGGGACCCACGUGGUGGAAGGAGUUGAAAGUUGCCCUCUGACCUCCACGUGUGCGCCGUGGCAUGGGUCCUCACAAAAUAAACACAAUGGAAAAAUACGGGGAUUGUUCUUUGUACAUUUUCUAGUGUUCCCUGUUUAGUGAUACAGUUUCUUCUUUCUCUCUCUCUCUUUUUUUAAAGGAAUUCUUUUGGGUUCUUUUGUUCUGAAACUGUUACUAUUACUUCUGAUCGCUUAGAUUUUUUUUUUUAUUCAAAAAUAAAACGUAGGCAGUUCUCUCUUGAGGAGCCUGUACCGCACUUGGGUGUUUACUCCCUGUGGCUCUGCCCUGCUCUCAGGUGUGGCUUACCUUCUGUGGGCCUUUUCCUCUACCCUCACGUGUAAGUCUACCCUAAAUAGUAACCCCAGUGGUGCUGCCUCAAAGUAGAAAAUGGGAAGCCUGGGUAUGCUGGAACAUGCCUCAUGCCUUAAACCCAGCACUUGAGUGGUAGAGGCAGGAAGAUCAGCCGUUCAAGGUGGAUACGUGAGAGCGUGUCUACAAAAAAUAGUGCAUCCCAUUAUGCACCAAGGCCAGCCUAGGCUACACAGUGAGAACUUGCUUCAGAAAAAAAAAAAAAAAAACGUGGCUCCAAAUGUGAGUCAUAAUUAUUCUAGCUAGAAGGUUUGCUGUUGGAAUGGAAGACGCUAUUUGACGUUUUUUGUUUUCCUUUGUCCUUUGUUUUUCAUGCCUGCUAAACCCAGGAGUAGCCUGGGAGCCUUAACUGGCACUGAGUGCCUGAGCCCUGUUUUCGAGGCUGGCUGGCAUGGGUCAUAAGUGGUUGUGAUUCAGGUAACUUAUCCUGCAGUUGAUAGAACACAGGCCUCCCAUUUGUGUCUCCAAGAGUGUCUGUGUUUUCUCACUGUCUAAUAGAUGUCUUUGUUUUCCAGCUGAAAUAUUGGGAAGAAAGGAUGCUUUAUUGUCUACCAUUCUCUCUUCCUCUAUGAACUCAGCUUUUCUGUGCCUGCCCCAGUAAGCAUUGUCUUCUGGUUACACGCCAGUGUGGCUGUCUCCCUGGGUUUUGGCCAUGGCCCCCUUGAAGUAAAUGACCUUUUUUGGGGGGGAUGCAGAUAUGAGAAAGGAGAUUUGUGGUCUUUGUCAGUUCUUCCAAAGCUCUUAUUCUUUUCAUAGAGAUUUGAAUUUUUUAGACUUUUAAAAUUUAAAUAAUGAGACUGAUGAUUUAAUAUUACAAAUGUAACUUUUGAAGGAACUUUGUCUUGGUGCUUAAAGUAACAUUUGUGAUUUGGGGUAAGACGCUGAUGGAAAGGUGUAAUUUCCAUAGAUAUUUGUUUUAUGUGUAAAUAGUACAGUGCUGUUGAUUUCCAAAGUUAGUGAAACUAGAAAAGCUGAUACUUCUGAAUGUAUGCUAGAUCAUGUUAAUAAGAUUCAGUUUUCGGAGAUGUUAUUUAUAACAUUAAAGCUAAUUUAUUAUGAUGUAAACUGUGAGGUGGUGUAAUAUAUAGACGUUUUCCCCAAAAGUAUAUUUGACUUAAAAACUAAAAAGCUUUAGGCACACGGGACAAAAAACUCAGCUGAGACACAAUCAAGUUGACAGUUUUUUUUUUUAAACAGAGGUAAAAUGAAAAUGCCUUGACCUUCAAAUAAAGAAGGGCAUAAUUCUGUAGAUCAACCACAAAAUAUAUUCAAAGGGAGACUGGGUCUGUUUUGUUGGACAGCUAGUGGGAAAUGGUGCCGCCCCAGGUGAAACCAGAAUAUUCUGGAAUGGAGCCAGUGGUUUCACAUCUUUGGAGCAUGGUUGUUGUGUCGAAGCUCCCUUUGGAUUUGAAGGUCAGGGCUAGUGAUGUGGCAGCCUGUGUUGUAAAUGGUUGUGUGUGUAGCCUGGUGGAGGAGGCAUGUUUAGGCUGCUGUAUAACUAUUUUCUGAGCCAUCUGAGGUCCCGUCCCUUCUUCCUUUGGUUCUUGGUGUCUAACUUGCCUUCUGGAAAAAUGCUUCUUACUAUGCAUUUUCUUGGAAUAAUCAUUAACUGUGUUCUUUAAUAAUUACUGGCAUUUGUAUUUUAAGCUGUGUACCAGUGUUCCUAUCUGACCCCGAUUUUCUAACCUUUGAGGAUAUUUAAGUAGAACUUUUAAAUAAAAGAUGCAAAAUGA